UCCUGUCCCCUCAGUCUAAAGGCUCAUAUUUUUUUUUCUUCUCUAGCCAGCUGCUUCUUCACUUCAGUUUCACUCACACCCAUUAACCAACCAAUCCUUCUCGAAAUGUCCGACAAAUUCACACACCCAGAUCUCCGGCACCUCAUGGCCGACGACAAACCCAACUUUCCGGCCACCCCACAAACCCUAGACUCCUUUUUCCUCCACCACUCCCACCUGACACGUGGAUUCUCUCCGGCGCCACCACCGCCUAAAUUCCAGCCUCUCCAGCUCGUCCUGACCGAGCCCACCGGUCUGCUUCAGUUUGGCUGUUCGGAUAAUUCCACCGCCACAGGAGACGGCGGUGGGUCUUCCACGGCUGCCAACGCUACCGUAUCAUCAGCUCCAUUUUUGCGGCGGAAUAAGUUGGUAAUUGAUAAUGAAUGGUGUAGUCCUUAUGGGAACGACGUCGUUGGAGGAAGCAAUGGAUUUAACAGUAGAUGGCCAAGACAGGAAACUCUUACUCUUCUUGAGAUCAGAUCUCGUCUUGAUUCCAAGUUUAAAGAGAGUAAUCAGAAAGGUCCCCUUUGGGAUCAGGUUUCUAGGUUGAUGGCAGAGGAAUACGGUUACAAAAGAAGCGGCAAGAAAUGCAAAGAGAAGUUCGACAAUUUAUACAAAUACUACAAGAAAACAAAGGAAGGUAAAACCGGUAGACAUGACGGUAAGCAUUACAGAUUCUUCCGUCAACUCGAAGCUAUUUACGGCCAAUCAAACGACCAAAUAUCAUCUCCAAUCAUAGAAUCCAACUUCUACCGAAACUCCGUCGCCAGAUCGGAAACUCCGCCGCCUGAAAAAUACCCCAGUACUGGAGGAGAGAAUCAUCAAGAAGCUGGUGGGGGGAUGAGCCUAAGUUUCACAAUAUCGUCUGAUUUCGAAACCUCGUCUUCCGGGAACUACCACGACGACGAUCUGUCAGCGAUAGCGUUUAUGAUGAAUCAAAAGAAGGCGGAGAAGUCGAGGGAAACCAACGUGUCAAAAAGGGAUCAGGGUGGUGUUAGUAAUAAUAAUAAUAAAGGAGAGAGUUGGAGAGAGGAGGUAGAGAAAAUGGUGGAUAUGAAGAUGAGUAGAUUAAUGGAAGUGCAAGAGAAUUGGAUGGAGAAGAUAAUGAGCAGCGUUGAAGAUGGGGAAAAAGAGAGGAUUAUGAAAGAAGAAGAAUGGAGGAAGCAAGAAAUGGCUAGAUUUGAUCAUGAGAUGAGUGAGUUUUGUGCAAGAGAAAGAGCUUGGCUUCAUGCAAGAGAACUUGCUUUCAUGGAAAUUGUCAAGAAAUUUGCUGAUAAAGGGUAAAUUAAUGAUUUAAUUAUCAGAACGAUUAUAAUAUAUAAUAAUGGCAAAAACAUCAAACCAUGCAAUGAAAAACUAUAUCUAUAUAUAAUUUACCUGUAA